AUCGGGUAGAGAGCGUUCAUUCCAUAUCAAAGCCCAAUUUUUUUUUAAAUAAUCGGCCCUCGUAUUCUUCUUCAGUCGACGACUUCGUUCUCCAUUUUUCCCACCCCGGAAACUUUCUUUCUCCAUUCUUCCGACGAGAUCUUCGCUAGUCGCUGCGCUAAUCGAGGAUUAUUAUUUGAAUUGAGAUUGUGAUUUCUGAAGCCAAAGGAAGCAUCUUAAAUCCUGAUCGGAAUCAUAAGAAAAUUAGGAUUGGAGUAUGGAGUUUGAUCAUGAUAAUGUUAGAAAACGAGUGGUAGAAGAAGAUAGACUGAGCAGCUUACCAGACGAGCUUAUUCAUAAGAUCUUGUCUUGUUUUGACAUAAAAUUUGGUGUUCAAUCAUGUUUGCUGUCAUCUAGAUGGGAGUUUUUAUGGACAUCGAUGCCAUGUCUCAACUUCUCUACCGACCAUUUUCGUGUUUUAGGUAAAUUUGCCAAAUUCGUGAAUCAUGUUUUGUCCCACCGCAACCAUCAAAUACAAGUGUCUUCCGUGAAUCUAUAUUUCCGUGGAGAAGAUAAUCAGGGUUUUGUGAAAAAGAUUGCAAAAUAUGCUUUUUUCUCACAAUGUUCAACAACUAACUGUUAGUCUUCAGUCAAGCCGCUAUGUUUUCCCUACUGUCCUGUUUAGCUCUCAGUCUCUUAAGGAUUUCAAAUUGAUUAGCAAUACAACUAAAACACCUUUGGACUUUCCAGCUUUAACAACCUUGAACCUCAGUUGCGUCACAUUGUGGGGUGAUCUUUUCUCCAAGUGCAUAAACUUAAAGAAGCUCACUUUAAAAUAUUUCGUUGUUGACAAUGUAUUUGACAUCAUUACACCUCGUCUUUGUAAUCUCAUCCUUAAGGAGGGCCGUUGUUCAAAAACCAUCAAUGUGAUUGCACCUCAACUUGAGAAUCUUAGAAUCGUCAAUUGCUCUAUCGGCUACUUGAAUGUUUCCCCACAACUUUCAUCUUUUUGCUACACAUCAUCAUAUCUGGGGUGUUAUGUUCCUCUGCAUUUCUCUAAUGAUCAGUUUCAUUCUCUAAACAAAGUGAGUUUUUGUCUGCGUAAGUAUAAUCCAAACAAGGCAUAUAAGGAAGAAGAUGUUCGCAACACUAUUAACAUGCUUCAAAAGCUCCACAGUGCCAGAUAUUUAACUCUUAGUGCCGACACUGUUGAGUAUAUUUCCUCAUUUCCAGAUUUGUUUUUGCACCAUUCUUCACCUUUUAGCAAUUUAGUUUGCUUGACUAUAGACUCCAGCAUGAGGAAGGAUGUUGCAUACAAAGUAAAAAUGUCCACUGAAGCUAAAAACUUCUUGCUUGGGAAUUCUCCAAGCGCCACUUUGAUCAUGAAAUUAUCCAAUUAG